AUGAAGUUGUCCACCAUUUCGUUCUUGUCUCUUACCAUUGUUGUUCCCGCCCUAUCUCAGCCUCUUAAAGAGCGUGAUGUCUUCCAGACGGUUCACCUGACUUUCCACGGGGGGGCCGCGUCGUACGAACUGGCUAUCCCCGCCGAUGGGCAGGUGCAUGCAACCAACAACGAUAUCGCCGUCAACAUUAUUGACGCACCGGACUACAACGCCAUCUCGCAAUGUACUUUCUACACUAACGGUGAGAAAGCACUGGCGAGCGGUAUCACCUCACAGGGGUUGCAGCAGGUCAUCCUUGGGCCGCCUCAGCCUAUCACCGGAGUCAGUUGCUUUGGCAUCUGUGUCGCAACAUACGGAGAAUGCUACAACACUCAAGUACAAUAUGUUGGACCCUGUUGCAACGGCUUCUGUGCUGCAACGCGCUGCAGACCAUGGAUCCAGCCGUACUAG